CUCACACUUGCUUGUGAGAUAGACGAUGGACUUUGUGGUGAACCGAGAGCGUUUGGAGCAGACGGCCACAGUGCCAGCAGCUCCCUUGACACUGGGAGAAGGAGAUAUUCUCGUCAGGAUUGAGCAGUUUGCCUUUACGGCCAACAAUGUCUCGUACGCUGCCACGGGAGAUGCUCUCGGGUACUGGAAGUUCUUUCCUACUAGUACUACUGACAGCAAUAGCAAUGGCCGUGUGCCCGUGUGGGGCGUGGGAACCAUUGUGGCCAGUCGGUGUUCUGGUCUUUCCAGCAGUAGUAGUCAAACAAGCAGAAAAGUCUAUGGCUAUUUUCCCAUGUCCCACUAUGUGAUGCUCCAUCCCGCGGCCAUCACUACCUCAUCGUUUGUCGAUGGAAUGCCGCAUCGGCGUUCCCUUCCAGCCGUGUACAAUCAAUAUCUACUCUGUGACGAAGAUCCAUUUUAUGCACCUCGUACGGAACGAGCCAUGAUGGUACUGCGACCGCUCUUUUUCACGUCCUGGUUGCUACUCGAUUUCUUUUCCAAUCAAGACUUCUUUGGAGCCACUGCGUGCAUUCUGUCUUCGGCAUCUUCCAAAACGUCCAUUGGAUUGGCAUUUUUGUUGCAGCAGUAUAAUCAACGGCAAAAAGACAAGACGUCCAAGAAAAUUCAAAUCAUUGGAUUGACCAGUCCCCGCAAUCAAGCCUUUGUCCAAGCAUUGGGCGUUUACGACCAAAUCAUUCUCUACGACACUCUGGAACAAGACUUGACGAAGAAUCAGCCAUCGUGUUUUGUCGACAUGGCCGGCAAUACUCAAUUGACGACACGAUUGCAUCAACAUUUGAGAGACAACAUGAAAUACAGCUGUCUCGUGGGAGCGGCACAUGUCGGACAAGGGGGCAAACCCACACAAAAGCUGCCAGGAGCCCGUCCCAAGUUCUUUUUUGCACCUUCUUGGACGGCACGGCGUAUCCAAGAAUUGGAUGCGUCCAAAAGACGCGGCAUGGAAAUCCUACUCCAUCAUGUCUUGUUGGACUAUCAACGAUUUGUGCAGUGGUGUUUAGUGGAACCACAGCCAUGGCUGAAGGUGAAACUCUAUUGUGGACCAACUCAAGUGAAAGAAGGGUAUCAAGCAUGUUUGCAAGGAAACAUUCCACCCGAUACGGCAGUGAUCAUGUCCCUCUGGGAGGAAGCAGCAGCAGCAGAGCAAAAGCAGAAUCCUACCGCUGCUAAUACUAGAUCCAAGCUAUAGAAUGACUAUAGACAACUCUCUCGGUAUUCUU